AUGGAGUUUAGCAUUCCUUCAUCAAACUCCACGUUGAUUUCGAGUGCUUUAGAGAAGAGGAAGAGAUUAGAGGAAGAUUUAGCGAAGAGAUUAGAGGAAGGUUUAGCGAAAUCAAGAGCGGCCAUACGUGAAGCCGCGAGGUCGAAGAAGUAUGCAUCGGAGAAUAAACAAACUUUUGUUCCUCGUGGAGCCGUUUACAGGAAUGCAUAUGCAUUUCAUCGAAGCCAAAUUGAGAUGGAGAAGAGAUUCAAAGUGUGGGUGUACAGAGAAGGCGAGGCGCCGUUAGUACACACGGGUCCAAUGAAAAACAUAUACAGCAUCGAAGGCCAAUUCAUGGACGAGAUGGAGUCAGGGCUGAUCCCAUUCGCGGCUAGCCACCCGGACGAGGCUCACGCCUUCCUCCUCCCCGUCAGCAUUGCCAACGUCGUUCAUUAUCUCUACAGACCGCUCGUGACCUACUCGAGAGAUCAACUUCACAGAGUGUUUCUUGACUACGUCAAUGUCGUCGCUGACAAGUAUCCUUACUGGAAUCGAAGUCUUGGAGCCGACCAUUUCUUCGUUUCUUGCCAUGAUUGGGCACCCGACGUCUCGGGAUCGAACCCGGAGAAGUUGAAAACCAUGAUAAGAGUACUCUGCAACGCCAACACAUCGGAAGGUUUCAUGCCCCAAAGAGAUGUCUCAAUCCCGGAGAUCAACAUCCUUGGAGGCCGCCUGAGCCCACCUCAGAUAUCCCGCUCUUCCGGCCAAGACCGACCCAUCCUAGCUUUCUUCGCAGGCGGCUCACACGGCAGUAUACGCAAGAUCCUACUGCAGCACUGGAAAGACAAGGACGAGGACGUCCAAGUCCACGGCUACUUAGCCAACAACAAAGACUACUUCAAGCUCAUGUCCAAGGCGAGGUUCUGUCUCUGUCCUAGUGGCUACGAAGUGGCUAGCCCUCGAGUCGUUGCAGCCAUUAACUUAGGCUGCGUCCCUGUCAUCAUCUCCGAUCACUACGCCUUGCCCUUCUCAGACGUUCUUGAUUGGAGUAAGUUCACCAUUCAUGUUCCCUCUGAGAAGAUCCCGGAGAUCAAAACCAUACUAAAGAGCGUGUCAUGGAGACGCUACUUGGUGUUGCGGCGAAGGGUUUUGCAGGUCCAGAGACAUUUCGUGCUCAAUAGACCCUCUAAACCCUUUGAUAUGCUUCGAAUGCUUCUUCACUCCGUUUGGUUGAGAAGGCUAAACAUGAGGUUGCCUUUGUGA